GGAAACGAACGAUAUCGGAAUUAUUGAAAAUGCGACAGUACAGGAUAGAACGGGAUUUUGAUCAUCGUAGCUUACUCACGUGAUACGUAGAAUCAACUGCAAAGGCAAUUUCGAAAGCCAUGGAACGGGCAAACGGCGAAAUCGUUUUUACACGUACAACUGCUUAUUGCCGGUAGAAAAGAGAAAAUAAAAGAAAAGAAAAGAAAAGGAGAAGGAGAAGGAGGCAAAAGGAGAAGAGAAGACAGAAAGAUAGAGAGACCUUUCAACUUUGGAUUACUCUCUGACCCCAUCGUUCGAAAUAUCUUUGUUUCCUUUUGAGAUAAGGCUGCAACCGGCGCAGUGGGGGAAAAAGUCGAAGGAGAAAGAGUGAGGGGAAAAUGAAAGGAAAGUGAGGGAAGAAAUAAAGAAGAGGACAGCGAAGAAACGAGUUUAUCGUCGUCCGUGUCGUAAGUUCAAACGACUCUUCCUGCUGUUGGAACGACGACAAAAGUGCGGGAGGAAAUGUUAUCGUUUCUCGUCAAGAGAGAAUAAGAACAAAAGAGAGAGAAAGAGAGAGAGAGAGAGACAAGAUACUCGAUUUUGUCCGCCGAAAUAUCAGUCGAUCACGAAGGUAAAUAAAGCUACAAGUUUAUCCACUAUUCGAAUUUUCGAGCAUGUUUUAAGUCGACGUGGAUCUAUUUUCAAGUAAUUAAGUAGAUUUAAAGAGUAUUGAAGUAAUCGUUUUCACGAGCUUUCUCUUUUCUUUUUCUCUUGCAUCUUUGCCUCUCCCUUUCUCUUGCUCUCUUGUAUUUUAUGUCUCUACAAUUUCGAGGAUUACAAGAAUUUCACGAAAGCUUACGUGAUGUGUUGCCGCCAGCUAACCGGAUAGCUCCUCCGAACAAAUUCAAUAAGUACGUAGAUACUAUUGAGAAAGAAGCAGGGACCCACAUCGAGAUUACUAAGAAGUGCGAAAAAGUACAUCGUAGGAUAAUGCUGGUUGAUGGUGGUAGAAGAAGAGAAGGUGGAAUGGAGGUUGAAUCGUCGAUAAAAGCGAUCUAUAUAGAACCAUUAGAACCGAUCGCUGGGCGAAAUAGCGUGAACGAGGAAACUUCGGAGGGUGGCAGGAUGAGUUUACGCCAUGAUAUGCGGGAGAGAUCGAAUGAUGUCACUAUGAAGAAAGAAAAGAAACGGAAAGAAGGAACGGUGUAUCCACGUAUAUCGCUAUGAAUCAUAAGAGCGAUCCGUUGAGAGACACGUGGACGCUCACUAUACUGGAUCGAAUGUAUUGGGUCAUAAAGUUGUUGAUAGCAUUUCCUUCCACCCUGAAUGCGCGUGCGUCAAUUCAUGGCAAUAUCUUUAGAGUAUUAUAAAGAUUCCACUCUGGUGUUCCAUCUUUAUGAUCUGUCGCAUUGAAAAUUGCGAAAGAGAGGGACUCGCUAACAAAGAGAAAACUUUUUCUCUUUCUCUUCUAAUUAUCUUGUUCGAACUUUACCAAUCAUGAGAAGUUUCUUUGUCCUUGUUUUCUAUUUUUCUUUUUUUUUUUUUUUUCUUUUCUUUUCCUUCUUUUUCUUUUUGUUAAUAUAUCCGUCAAAUCUGUUCAUGCAAUCAUUUUUAAAGAAAUAUGAGAACGUAAAAAUGUAUAAAGGAUGAAAAUAAACAAUAUUGUUAUUUUAUUUUAAAGAAAAGUAAAAAUUGAUAAGAUAAUUUAUUGAAUUAACUUUCCCCUUGAUAUAAAGGAAACUGAACCUGAGAAAUAGAUAAUGAACUCUGCGAAGAGAUCAAUUUUUAAAGAUAAGAUCGUCCAUUAGCUUUCUUCAAUGAGAAAUGUUAAUUAAAUGGGAAAAAGAGAGGAAUUAAGUCGACGUUUUUAUCUCUUCGAGAGGAUAUAGAAUUAGUGAUCAAAUAAUAAUCACUAAUUAGUUCUUCUAUAUCUAUUUAAAUUUAUUAAUGAUGUUAGAUUUAUUAAAAUUAUCAAUUAAAAAUCUAUCAUAAAAAAACAAAAUACAUUUAUUACAAAAUCGUUUUAAUAUAUACACAUAGAUUUUUAUAAUUUUGCAAAUAUUAUCAUGACUUUUGAUUGUAUCCUUUAUAAAAAAAAUAUUAAAUAUAAUUUUAGAGUAGAAAUUUCAUUGAGCUUUUAAUGUUGAUAAAAUUGAA